AUGGCAUCGUUUUUCUUGAUGAAUUCGACAAAAUACAUUCAUCGAUCGAUCCUGUACACUCUACUGGGAACCGUGACGUUAGCGGAAGAGGUGGGAGAGCAUAUAGUAAAUUCUCAAAUGAAGAGGAAAGGUGUCCAGCAAGCUUUACUGAAGCUAGUUGAAGGAACGGUAGCAAGGGUAAAAAUACCUGGUCAAAUGGGCAAGAAGAUCGACAUCGAUACUACAGACAUCCUGUUCAUUGCUUCCGGUGCUUUUCCCAAUCUUGAAGAGAUUGUUGCUAGAAGAAUUGAUAAGCGGGUUCUUGGUUUUGGAGCAACGCAUGGAAACGUUGCUGAAGAUCUUUCUUCAACUGACGAAAAUGUUGCAGCCACUAAGAAAAAUGAGUUGUUAGCACAAGCAAAUCAGUCAGAUCUUAUAAAGUAAGU